UAAUAGCACUUGUAAAUCAAUAUCUUUCAUCACCUUUCCUUAUCUUCGUUCAAAUCUUUACCAGCAGACGACGCAAAGAUUUGCCAACUCCCUGUGCCUGUCGGUGUAGUUAAAAGCACAUAGGCGUGCUAGUAUAAGGUUCAUUCUGUACAAUUCGUGCUUUCGCAGAGUGUUGCAGUAGACGACGUGGCUAAACAAGGACAGUAUGUGUGGAAUCUUUGCAUAUCUGAACUACCUUACUCCAAAGACCCGACGUGAGAUUUUGGAACUUCUUGUGAAUGGGCUCAAGAGGCUUGAAUAUCGUGGGUAUGAUUCUGCUGGAGUGGCUCUAGAUGGUGCUGAUGGCAAAGAUAUUUCUAUUGUGAAGAAGAGUGGCAAAGUGAAGGCUUUGGAAGAUGAGAUCCUUGCAAGAGUAAAGGAGUUAGAUUUUGAUGGCACCACAACCUGUCAUGUUGGAAUUGCUCAUACUCGUUGGGCCACGCACGGUGUUCCUAGUGAAGUUAAUUCUCAUCCCCAACGCUCUGAUGCCAACCACGCUUUUCUAGUUGUGCACAAUGGUAUUGUUACAAACUACAAGGAUUUGAAAAUGUUCCUCUUGAAGAAGGGCUACCAGUUUGAAUCGGAGACAGACACAGAAGUCAUCGCUAAGCUGGUGUACCACAUCUAUUUGCAGAACCCAAAUUGUUCUUUCAGGGAACUGGUAGAGCAAGUGAUUCAGCAGCUUGAAGGAGCAUUUGCUUUAUGCUUUAAAAGUAAGCAUUUCCCUGGAGAAUGUGUUGCAACUCGUCGAGGUAGCCCUCUGCUGGUUGGAAUAAAAGCUAAGACUCGUCUGGCUACAGAUCAUGUACCAAUUCUGUACAGCAAAGAUGAAAACACUGUAACAACAGAUGCAGAAUCACAAAACCCAGACCACCGACCACAUGGCAGAGGUGACUUGCCGAUUCUUCCCCGUUCUGACUCAACGGCAGAGUUCCAGCCCCUGGAAGAUAAGGAAGUGGAAUACUUCUUUGCUUCGGAUGCUAGCGCUGUCAUUGAGCAUACAAACAAGGUUAUCUUCUUGGAGGAUGAUGAUGUAGCUGCAGUGAAGGAAGGCUCCUUAAGUAUUCAUCGACUUAGAAGAUCACUUGAUGACUCACAUUCUCGUGAAAUCAUCACACUUAAAAUGGAAAUCCAGCAAAUUAUGAAAGGAAACUACAGCUCAUUUAUGCAGAAAGAAAUUUUUGAACAACCGGAGUCUGUAGUGAACACCAUGAGAGGACGUCUUAACUUUGAGACUCAGGCUGUUAUUCUUGGUGGUAUAAAGGAAUACAUACCUGAAAUCCGCCGCUGCAGACGCUUGAUGAUUAUUGGAUGUGGAACAAGCUAUCAUAGUGCAGUUGCAACAAGACAGCUGCUGGAGGAACUCACAGAACUUCCAGUUAUGGUAGAAUUGGCAUCUGACUUUCUUGAUAGAAACACUCCUGUGUUCAGAGAUGAUGUUUGUUUUUUCAUAUCACAGUCUGGUGAAACAGCGGACACACUAAUGGCUCUUCGUUACUGUAAGAAUCGUGGAGCUCUCAUUGUCGGCAUCACCAACACAGUCGGCAGCUCCAUCUGUAGAGAGUCACAUUGUGGUGUUCACAUCAAUGCUGGCCCUGAGAUUGGUGUCGCAUCAACCAAAGCUUAUACUUCACAGUUCAUCUCGCUUGUAAUGUUUGCUCUGGUUAUGAGCGAAGAUAGGAUAUCUCUCCAGGCUCGCCGAUCAGAGAUUAUCAAGGGGUUGCAGCAUCUGCAUGAACAGAUUAGAGAGGUUUUGAAUCUUGACGAGCAAGUGAAAGAACUAGCUAAAGACCUGUACCAACACAAAUCAUUGCUUAUCAUGGGACGAGGCUAUAAUUAUGCAACAUGUAUGGAAGGAGCUCUUAAAGUAAAAGAAUUGACGUACAUGCACAGUGAAGGUAUCAUGGCUGGAGAACUGAAACACGGACCUCUUGCACUUGUUGAUAAUAAAAUGCCUGUUAUCAUGAUUGUCACAAGAGAUCCUGUUUAUGUGAAAUGCAUGAAUGCCCUGCAGCAAGUAACAGCACGUGAAGGAAGGCCCAUAAUCAUAUGUGAGAAGGGAGAUAAGGAGACCAAAAGUUUUGCAUCCAGAACACUUGAGGUUCCACAUACUGUGGAUUGUCUUCAGGGUAUUUUGACUGUUAUCCCAAUGCAGCUUCUUUCUUAUCAUAUUGCUGUACUCAGAGGUUGUAAUGUGGAUUGUCCAAGGAACUUGGCAAAAUCUGUCACUGUGGAAUAAUAGCCAUGUCUAUGUUCAAGUAGCUGAUUUAGCACUGAAAGAAAGAAGAUGAACUAUUUGUACUUUACAUCUGAUCAUGUACAUAAUCUGUCUUGACAUCGAUUAACAAUUUCAAAAUUUAUAUAUUCUGUUGAUUUUAUGUUUUGGAAAAUAUGAAUGAUGUUAAAAAUGUACAGUGAAAUCUGGAAAGUUUAUAAAUACUGUGUGUUGGCCAAAUUGCAUGAAAUUCUGUGCUAAAAGGACAGACUAUGGUGAAUUGGUGAUCUACUUAGGUUGAUUACCCUUCUAUAGUACCACAAGUGGUUAACAGGCAUAUUACUGUGAAGUAUAAUAAUCUGUGUUUACGUUGUCUGUCCUCUUGGAUUCUGUAUCACUUUGCAUUACUAAAAUAGUAAUUGUUCUUGUAAAUCCAUUCCUUCCUAUUUAGUUGAAAUGGCAAUACAUAUAAUUUAUAAUGGUAAAUUCUAUUGGUGGCCAAAUGACUAUAGUUUUGUAAGUAAAAUGGAUACUAAUGGGUUGCAUUUUGGGCAUCUAUGGAUACAUUUCUUGUUUGACAUAAAAGAUUCAUUUUUGUUUAAUAGUAAUAUACAUUCUGUAAAUAACUAGUGGUAUAGUAUGCAUGUUGGUUAUGUGAGUGUGUAUGUGUAUUGAAUGCAUUUGUAUAUGUGUGACAGGUUUGUAGAUGAAUUAUGUUGUGUGCUUUUAUGACUUGGAAACAAUGAAUAGAUGAUCAUUAAGCAGCAGGUGUUAACAUAUAGUCAGUAGCAUAUUAAUAAGGGAUCAAUCAGGUUUAUAAAUCAACAUUUAUAUCUAAAAUUUGUUUAGAGAUCAGUACAUAAUCAUUUGGAUAUUAAUUUAAAUGUGUUUUAAUUAAUACAGACAUUAUUUAGCACUGUUAACUGGUAGAUAGUUGCAUGAGUUAAUAUUGUCCAAGAAGUAUGAAAAUAGAAAAAUUGAUAUUUUGUGCAGUAUGUAAGAUACAUUUUAUAACUGUUCUGCCAGAGGCAUUUCCAAUUUAACUCAUUGCUUUAAAUCAUGAAUAUUUGUAUAUAUAACUCAUUUUAUUUGGACUGUGGUAUAUUUCCUCUUCGCUUUACCCUAAAAUAAAGCUGUUAUAUUUCUUGUGAAAAGUUUUUAAGUUUUAAAUACAUUCCAGUAAGAGAUUUA